ACUCUAUUAGUUUACCUCUGCCUUGUGUACUCCUCUCUAUUUAUUAAAGACACUCUUUUGUAUUGAAUACCUGCCUAAUGCUUUGGGUUAUUACACUGCUUCUUGCUCUGGCUUCUUGCCUGACAGCCUCCGAGCCCUUGCCGCAAGCACAGUCUCGAUCAUGUUUGGGCUCCCUCUGUUUUGGCAAGUCCAAGACUAAGCCUAUCGACGUCACUAUUCCAGAUCUCGAAAGCCUGAUUAACAAAGACGUUUAUGAAGGCGACGAAAAAAUCCCACUUUACACGGAGAUUCCCUUGAUCACUUGGAAAGGUUCAACUCGUAAACGCCAUCUGCGCUACCGCGCCUGGAGAACGGAAAGUUUAAAUGAGGAUCUCGACGACAAACAAAAACUUGAAUUUAUGGUCUACCUUGAACUCCAGGUUGCCAGUCGGGACAAUCUUUGGAUCCACUUCAAUGCAUCGUAUCCAAUGUCAAAGGCGGAACCGGGUGUGAACGCUCGCAGGGGCUGGGCUCCUGGCAACCCUUCCUACAGCAGGCGGACCAUCUUCACCUUGAGACUUCCCACCAACGCUGGUCAAAUUGACUACCACUUUGAUGGAACGUGGUGGCGUGCUUCUUGAUACCUAGUAACAUUGAUAGAGAGACACAGAGGAAUGAUCUUAAAUGGAUACGUGGGCCGGGCUGAAUCCUAUUGUGUAGUACGCAGCCAAGGUAAAGAUUUAGGAAUGAAUCGCACGAGGGUAAGGUUCAAGAGGAAGUCUAUCAGUGACUGAUCCGUUCCUCUGGACAGUAUCGCUGGUGGUAGAGAAGAUCAAGUGGUGGUGCAACACAAGACUUGGAUAAUGAAGUAACGACAGUUUGAUGAUUUUGGAUGC